GAGUUUCGACGUGUAACAUUUUCUUCUUCUUUUCUGAUUGUUUUAUUGUUUGAAUUUUCAUCAUUUUCAUAUAAUUAAUAAACCAGUUGAUCAUGUCGUUAAAAUCAAAAUCUUAUAAAGAUGUUCGACAAGCUUUUAUUGAUUUUUUCAAAGAUAAAUAUGAACAUCUUUUUGUUCGAAGUUCAUCGGUCAUUCCUCAUGAAGAUCCAACACUUUUGUUUGCCAAUGCUGGCAUGAAUCAGUUCAAACCAAUUUUUCUUGGUACAGUUGAUCCAAAUAGUGAUAUGUCUAAAUACAAAAGAGUGGUUAAUAGCCAAAAAUGUAUUCGUGCUGGUGGUAAACACAACGAUUUAGACGAUGUUGGAAAAGAUUCUUAUCAUCAUACGUUUUUUGAAAUGCUUGGAAAUUGGUCGUUUGGUGAUUUUUUCAAACAAGAAAUCUGUCAAUGGUCUUUUGAAUUGUUGACCAAAGUUUAUGGCCUUGAAAAAGAUCGAAUCUAUGUUACGUAUUUUGGUGGAAAUAAAGCAGCUAAUUUAGAUCCUGAUGAAGAAGCUCGAAAAAUAUGGACAGAAAUUGGUAUUGAUCCUGAAAAAAUUCUUCCGUUCGAUAUGAAAGAUAAUUUUUGGGAAAUGGGUGAAACGGGCCCUUGUGGACCUUGUUCAGAAAUUCAUUAUGAUCGAAUCGGCGGUCGUAAUGCAGCUUCAUUAGUUAAUAUGGACGAUCCGAAUGUAAUUGAAAUCUGGAAUCUUGUGUUUAUUCAAUUUAAUCGUGAAAAUGAUGGUUCAUUAGUACCGUUGCCAAAAAAACAUGUAGAUACUGGUAUGGGUUUUGAAAGAAUUGUAUCGGUAAUUCAAAACAAGACUUCGAAUUAUGACACGGAUAUUUUCGAACCGCUUUUCAAAGCCAUACAGGAAAAUACCGGAGCUCCAAAUUAUACCGGCAAGCUUGGUGACGAUGAUGUUGACGGUACGGAUAUGGCAUAUCGUGUUGUGGCAGAUCAUGUUCGUACAUUGACCAUCGCUCUUUCUGAUGGUGGACGGCCGGAUAAUGUUGGUCGAGGAUAUGUACUGAGACGUAUUUUACGUCGAGCUGCUCGUUACAUUGAAAAACUCGGGGGUAAACCCGGUGCAUUCGGGUCGUUGGUACCUGUUGUCGUACAAACUUUGGGUGAUUUUUUUCCCGAAAUGAACAAAGAUCCACAAUUGGUCAUGGAAAUCAUUAAUGAAGAAGAGUUACAAUUUUUGAAGACUUUAUCGAGAGGCAAGCGACUAUUAAAAACUGCAAUUGAAAAAUUGGAAGGCAGUAAAGUUUUACCUGGUGAUAUUGCUUGGAAAUUAUAUGAUACUUAUGGAUUUCCUAUCGAUUUGACCAGAUUGAUGGUCGAAGAACAUGGCCUAUGUGUUGAUAUGGAAGGAUUUGAAAAAGCAAAAGCUCAAGCUCAAUUGAUAUCACAAGCAAAAAUAUCUCAAUUAGAUACAAAAGUUGAACUAGAUGUUCAUGCUAUUGCUGAACUUCGUGAUCAACUUAAAAUUUCUUUGACCAAUGACUUGCCUAAAUACAAUUACAAUUCUUUGACUGAUAAAAAAGAUAGUGUUUAUCGUUUUGAAAGUUGUCAAAGUCAAAUUUUGGCCAUCAGAAAAGAUAAAUCAUUUGUUCAGGAAGUUUCUGAUACCGAUCUGAUUGGUAUUAUUUUAGAUUCAACCAAUUUUUAUGCAGAAUCCGGCGGUCAAGAACAUGAUACGGGUUAUAUGAUUAAGGAAAAUGAUGAUAAUAAUAUUGAAAUUGAAUUCAAAGUGGUCCAAGUCAAAUCAUUUGGUGGUUAUGUUGUACAUAUUGGAUAUUUAAUGCAAGAAUCUUCUAAACUUUGUGUGGGUGAUGUACUUCGGCUAGAAAUUGAUCAGGAAAGAAGAAAAUUUAUUAUGAAUAAUCAUACCGGUACUCAUGUUUUGAAUUAUGCUCUAAGAUCUGUACUAAAAGAAACUGAUCAAAAAGGAUCACUCGUAGCUGCUGAUAAACUUCGAUUCGAUUUUACAAAUAAAUCUGCAAUGACAAGUGCUCAAGUAAAACAAGCCGAAAGUAUAGCAAGAGAAAUGAUUGACAAGAAUGAAAUCGUUUAUGCAAAAGAAUCUCCACUUUCAAUGGCUAAAGCUGUGAAAGGAUUGCGUGCUGUUUUUGAUGAAACCUAUCCCGAUCCAGUUCGUGUUGUCUCGAUUGGCGUUCCUGUGGAUGACCUAUUAAAUGAUCCAUCCAGUCCGGCUGGUAUGAAUACUUCGGUUGAAUUUUGUGGUGGUACUCAUCUUAAACGAAGUGGACAUAUUGGUGAUUUUGUUAUUACCACUGAAGAAGCUAUUGCCAAGGGAAUCAGAAGAAUUGUCUGUGUUACAGGUCCUGAAGCUACUCGAUCGAUUAACAAAUUGGCCGAGCUUGAAAAACUUGCAUCGGAAUUAGGAAUUUAUAUUAAUGCUAAUCAAUCAAAAUUUUCUACUGAACUAAAAAAUAUGGUUAAAAAAGUGCUUGAUUUACAGCAAAAAGUCUCUGCAUCAGAUAUAUCUUGCUGGAAAAAAGAAGAACUUCGUAAUACUUUGAACCAAUUGAAGAAAAAACUAGAUGAUUAUGAACGAUCGUUGAAAGCAUCACAAGCAAACGAAGUUAUUAAGGUAGCCAAAAAAUUGGCUGAAGACAAUCCAAAUUCGGAAUUUAUUGUCAGUUCGUUAGAUGCUGGCUCCAAUGCCAAGGCACUCGACCAAGCAGUUAAAGCUGCUCGAGGUAUUAAUCCCAAUCUGGCUGUGCUAUUUUUCAGUAUCGAUUCGGAUGCAAAUAAAAUUAUCUGUAUUUCAAAUGUAUCGAAAGAAACAGUUCAAAAAGGAUUGACCGCUAACGAAUGGAUUCAGAAUAUAACGACACUCAUCGAAGGAAAAGGUGGUGGUAAACAGGAAUCAGCUCAAGCUACUGGUAGCAAAAUUGAAUCAUUAGAAGAAGCUAUUAAAUUAUCUGAUGAAUUUGCUCGUCUAAAAUUAGGAAAUUGAUAAGAUUUUUAUUUAAAAAAAAAUUUUCUACAUUUUAUAUUUUCUAUUAAAUUUAAUUUUUGAAAAAAAAUUGAUUCAAAAUAAAAAAAAA